CGGGUCAAUAUUUAGUUUUAUUCCUGGGUCGAUGUAAUCUUUUAUUGGUGAUGGAACGUGGGCUUUUGAAGCAGAGAAGAUGCGAGAUAGCAACGCGAUGUACCAUCGAUCCAGUCACUGUUCCCAGGAAUAAAUGUGUCCGUCUUUCACCAUCGAAAAUCCCAAAAUUUCACGCCUUCAGAUUGCAGCCCGGCCACAGAAACACGCCUCGACCCAAAGAUUCCGUUGCGAGUCCUGUGCUUUCCAGUCGAGAGCGGACAGUGUCAAAAGUGCCGCAGUAAGCCGGGCUCGCUGCGUCUCCUACCGGCUGCAGUAGCCGGCUGCGAGCGCUCUCUCCUCCUCUCCCUCUCUCUUUUAUCGCAAGCACUCAGGAUGCGGAGGAGCUCGUUCAGGAUUUCUGUGCAGCCACCCAGGACCCGUUUCCCUCUCCCGGAUCGUUGCUAGUCCGAGGUGAUUACUCCACACGGCACCAACUUUCCUUUGAACUGCACCCGGGCGAAAAUGAGCAGGAAAGGGUGUAACCUCGAACUGUUCCUGGUGUUGCUGGGAUUGGAGUUCCACGUCUCGGUCUCUUGCCCCCGACACUGUGUCUGCUACCCAUCUCCCAUGACCGUCACCUGCCAGUCGCAUGGGUUCACCACCAUCCCGGAAGGAAUUCCUGCCAACAGCGAGAGAAUAUUCCUCCAGAAUAACCGGAUAACACUUCUCCUGAGGAAUACCUUCAGCCCGUCCACCGUCACCCUUUGGUUGUACUCCAACAACAUAACCUUCAUUGACCCGGAGGCUUUCCAGGGAUUCAGCCUCUUGGAGGAGCUUGAUCUGGGAGACAAUCGAUACCUGAGAUUCCUGGAUGCUGAGACCUUCAAUGGUCUGGAGAGGCUUCACUCCUUGCAUCUUUACCGCUGUGGCUUGGCUUUCUUGCCCAAUGGAAUUUUUGAAGGUCUCCAUAACUUGCAAUACCUCUACCUGCAAGACAACCACAUCGAGUACCUCCAGGACGACCUGUUCCUGGAGCUGGUUAACCUCACUCAGCUCUUUUUGCAUGGGAAUAAGUUGUUGAGUUUGUCCCAGAACACUUUCAGAGGGCUGGUCAACCUCGAUCGACUCCUGCUCCACCAGAACAAGCUUCACUGGGUUAAUAAGCAGGCGUUUCACGAUCUCCGCCGCCUUACCAUUUUGUAUUUGUUCAAUAACAGUCUGAGUUUGCUUCCGGGUGAAUGUUUGGCAGAGCUUGGCUCCUUACAGUACCUCAGGCUGAAUGGAAAUCCUUGGGAAUGUAGUUGUAAGGCUCGAUCCUUGUGGGAAUGGCUACAGAGAUUCAGAGGGUCGAGCUCCAGUGUUACUUGUGAAUCCCCCAGGGAUGUACAGGGAAAAGACCUCAAGGUCCUGUCUGCCCAGCUCUUCAAAAACUGCACAAGCCCAGAUUCGCUUAACCAGAUCCGGACGAGCCCCAAGCAGCACCCCCACCACCCGGGCAAGGUCAGGCUGGGAGGGGGUCAGCCGUCACGGGGCACAGCCCUGGUCAAAGGUCAGAACGGCACGGGCCAGCGGGACGACUCGGCCAAGAACUACCUGGGAGAAGCGGCUCCAAAGGGCGCUGCUGACGGGCAGCUGGACGGGGCGUGGGGCAACGACUACCUACCGGACGCUGGCCAGAAGGAGCAAGGCGUCCACCCCUACCCGACCAGGCACAAGUCGCGGAUUAAGUGCACCCGCCGCACCCGCCUGGAGCUGCCACCCGGCAUCCAGCAGCCCUCCGGCAGGGGACUGAGGCUCACCUCUGGCUCCGGGUGGCUCACCUUCCUCCUUGCAUUGGUCCUUGUUGUCCGCUGAAACCCCCGCCUUCUCCGACCCACACCCCCACCCACCCCC